AUGUUCAAACCGGUUUCGUUCAAGCUCGAUUCACCCGCACUUUGUAGUGAACAGGGUGGUUACACUAAUAGAAUUCUUAUAAAAAAUAAAACGGUUGGGUUAAAGGUGCAACGCGAGGAAUUCCACAAACCAUCCCGGAAACAAUUAAAAAUUCCGUUGCUUACAUUUCCGAGCACCAGUGGUGGCCAACGUAGGAAACUUGGUUGUUCAAAUCGCAAAGUGCCGUGCACGCGACUACAACCUCACGGAAGCCAUACAACUGAACUAAUUCCGGAGCGGUUUCAAUUUCUGUACAAUGCGAACACGUUGCACAAAUUGAAACAAGUACUAGCUGUAACGGGACGGUUCUUAAGAAGCAACCGUUCCACUGUAACACCAUUUCAAUGCGGAGCAAACCCUUCUUUCUACGAUCUACAACAUGUACAGCUACAAAGCACUUCAUUUGCUGUACUUCAAAAUGAGCAAAACCGAAAGCAACACAGUUGUUCUACUGCACGCAGCAACGUGCUAGGAAUUACUUUGGAAACUUUCAACUUACCACCGGCGAGCACACGUGCGUUCAGCAGCGCAGCUUUUACGGCAAAAUUACAUCGCAGAAAUGGAAAGCGAAGAAAGUCUUUCCAGGAUCUCAGCAGCGAACAGCAUUUGAGUGGUCAGUGCAUGCCAGUCAACAAACCGUCAACGUUGUUACAAUCGGAAGUAGAAAAAGUGCUGCGUACGUACCAUAAACAUAGCAUCCAGUGGCAUCUCGAAUACCUUCAAAGCUGCCAGUUCCAAGCAGAGACCAUUCGUCAUAAAUUUCGGACAUCAAGAUUGUUCUCUGCCAAUGGUCAUAUCGAUAACCGACUUCUAAACCGGGAGCAUUGCGGUGAAACUUUACGUUGCGACUGCACAAUCUACUUAGCGGAGGUGCCCAGCUUCGACCAGAUCGAGCAAAUUAGCAUGAGCAACUUUUCUCUUGGCCCUCUCAGUGAAGAAAAGCAACAAAAAUUACACAACCUUCUAGACAGUUUAUACCAGCUAAACCUGGAAUCUGCGGGAAAGAACGGUUUACCGUGUAUGGAUGUUCCAAAAAUAAUCCUAACCGAUUAUUCUACGAAAAGUGGUGGUGGGAAGCCAAGUGGUGUUGGCAAAAGGGAGUGCUACAACAACAAUCAUACACAAAACGCUGUAUGUGAUACUGAUGAUGACCCUAGCAAUACAAUAUGCAGUGGCCAAAUGGCAAACAGCAACACUAAGAAUUGCUUUCUGAAAAUACCAGAGUUUACUGACUCAAAGCAGCGAACCGGCGAGUUGCAAAUCCCCUUCGGCUAUUGUAGUGAAGCACGUCCACCAUAA